AUGACCGUCAAGCACCGCCUAUUCGUUUUGACCGACAUUGAGAAUGAGCCGGACGAUACGCAGAGCUUGGUCCGUUUGCUACUGUACAGCAACGAGAUCGAUAUCGAGGGGCUUGUCGCUGUUACUUCGACGUGGAUGAGGCACCAAGUCUGCCCUGCCACCAUCCGCGAUGUCAUCUCUGGCUACGACGCUGUCCGACCAAAGCUGCUCCGAGUCUACUCCGACUACCCUCCAGCUUCGCAGCUCCUCGCUGUAGUAGGAGAGGGCGUUCCUCUAUACGGGAUGGAAGGUGUUGGCGAGGGACAUGAUUCUCAAGGGAGCGAAGCUUUGAUUGCAGCUGUCGACCGCGGAGGAGAAAGCGGCCGCCCGCUACAUGUCGCUCUUUGGGGUGGGGCAAACUGUCUAGCUCAGUCACUCUGGAAGGUCCGCGCUACUAGGACACCGAAGGAGCUAGAAGAUUUCGUUGGUCGGAUGACAGUGUACGGGAUCAGCGACCAAGAUGAUGCAGGUCCCUGGAUCCGCCGCAACUUCCCCAUGCUCCCCUACACCGUCUCCGUCCACGGCGAAAAUGACUACAUGGGCUCCACGUGGAUCGGAUUCUCUGGACAGCCCAGAAACGGGCUGCCCGGCGCAGACAAGUCACUCAUCUCUGCCGACUGGAUCAGAGAGAACGUCCAAUAUGGUCCGCUUGGUAGCAAAUACCCGGGCGUCAUUUAUGGUAUGGAGGGUGAUACGCCGUCCUACCUGAACCUCAUCCAAAACGGUCUAGGUGAUCCCUCAAGGCCAGAUUUUGGCGGCUGGGGCGGGCGGUACAAGCGGAUCUUCGACCCCGAGGCGCGUCACUACCACGACACCUGCGACACCGUCACUGCCUCGGACGGAUCCACACAAGCUUCUGCUGGCGCUACCAUCUUUCGCUGGCGAGAUGCGGUACAGUGCGAUCUCGCCACUCGGAUGCGCUGGACGGUGGAGGAGGACAUGUCCAAGCUGGAGUUGCCACCGGUGGUGGUUGUCGAUGGUGACCGGUCGACCGACUUUGUCACCCGCAAAGUCAAGUGCAGCGAAACUAUAGAGUUAGACGCCUCGGACUCGGCCUCUCCCUCCGGCGCCAAGCUCUCAUUCAGCUGGUUCCAGUACAAGGAGAUCGGGUCAACUUUGCCAGUACCCGUGGAUGUCCCCACCUUCGACAUGCACGGCACCGCCAACACGUCCAAGCUCAGCAUCACCAUGCCAAAGACAACCGCUCACUCGCCGGGGAAGUGGCGGAUGGAUCACGAGAACGGGAGGGUGUAUCAUGUGAUUCUGGCGGUGACGAGUGAGGGUAAGAUCCCCGUCACGAGGUACAGGCGCAUCUUACUAGACGUAUCCCCGUAA